AUGCCUCCCAAGAAGCGCACCUCCACCCGGCGUGCCGGGGCGUCGGUGGCCCGGCCGACUGGCAAACAGCCCUACAUUUUAAACGCGGCCGCGACGAACCCCGUCUUGCCGGACAUCCCCGCCAAAAACUCCUUUGCCUACGGCUCGUCCACGACGGCCAUUCUGCCGCGCAAGCUGACCGUGCAGCCCAAGCGCGGUCUCGCCGAGAUCGCCAAAACCAUCGAAGAGGGUGUGAAGCAAGCUGAGGAUCGCGCGAACGAAUCCACGGGAGCCAACACCCGUUCGCAACCCAAACUUAAGUCUCCCACCCCAGAGCCGGUUCGAAGAUCGAUGCGCGAGCCGACGCCAGACCAGCAGCUCUUCGAUGGCUUGCGCGAAGCCACCCAGUCCCCUAACUUUCCGGAUGAUGUGCAGUCGGGUUCUACGCCUACGCCGACUCCGCCUAUUCCCCAUACCCUUUCUACGGUGUCCAGUCCUACUCAGAACUUUGCUCGUCCUACAGAUUCGCUGUAUCCUUCGCCGAUGAUGCGAUUUGGUUCCGCGGCUCCCAAUCUAAACGGUCUCAGCUCACCCCAGUUUCAGAGUUCACUGGACAACGAAUCGGUCAUCUCGUUUACAGUCGAGCGCGACAUCCAUGAGGAUAACCUGCAACGAACGCGUGGGGGUGCUUUCCGGGACGAACUGCAAGGCCGGAAUAUCAGCGCGCCGCCUCGUCGGUUUUCAGGCCUUGCAUUCGCUAAUGAGGUCAUCGAAGAGGAAGACGAGCCUACAACUCAACUGUCACUCUCUCAACCGCGAUCCCCUGAAGUGGCCCCUCCGCUUAAACCCAAGCCUCAAUCAGACCCCGAGCCGGAGCCCUCACCAGAACCAGAACCGUACCUAGAGCCAGAGCCAGAACCAGAGCCAGAACGUGUGCAAGAACCCGAACCGGUGCCCGCACCUUCUGUGCAGCCCGAGUCUCAACCGCAGUCCUCUUGGGGCGCUACAAAAACCAUAAUCCCUGGCCGCAUCGUACGAAGCCUUUCGCGCGAUCCGUCAAUACACAACUCGUCAAAACGGGGGUCCUCAUACCAACAAACCAUGUCGCCUCCUCCCAUGUCAACGCCGUCGCAGCAGCGUUCUCACCACUAUGAAGUUUGCAUCCCCUUCGUUGAAUCGCCACUCAAGAUCCCCAAAACUGCAUUUCGAACCGUUGUGGCCUUAUUAUUGACCGCCGUAUCCAUCCUCACCAUCAUGAACACCUCGUGCUGCGUCGGCUGGCGCUAUCCGUUUGGCGCCCCAUUAGAUCUCUCUUUCAACGCCAACAGCUCAGAAUCCGUCAAGAUGCUCACCCACCACGUCGUGCGUCUCGGGAACGAAGUCUCGUCGCUAUCGAAAGAAAUGCAAAUGAUCAAGUCCGAAGGCCCGCAGGCCACCACGAUUAUCGAGCGGGUAUCGAAACCGGGAUCGCAGCACCAAGACCUAGCGGGAACCAAUUUCUUCACGCUCGGCAUGGGCGCCAUCAUCAACCCCCACCUGAGCAGUCCCACAUACGUCGUGAAGAACGGUUAUUUCCAGAAAAUGUACACCUGGAUGAUGCAGAUGCAGUAUGGACGCUCAUCGCCGGCCCUGGCAGCCUUGCUACCCUGGGAAGACGUCGGCGACUGCUGGUGCAGCGCCCUCCGCGACGGCAUGUCGCAACUCGGCGUCGACCUCGGCCGCCCUGCUGUGCCCCAAGAAGUCGUCGUGGAACACAUGCCCCGCGGCGCCGUCGUCCACCCCGAAAGAGCCCCCAAGGAGAUGGAACUCUGGGCGCAGUUCGUUUUCCUGGAGGGUGACAACGCCCCGAACACCUACCUCUCGCGCGAGGGCGACACCCUCCUCGCGAACGGCCGCACUCUGCACGAAAACCUCAUGGAACCACUGCGCUUCGCGUACCGCAAUCAGCCUGAUAGCGCCUUCUCUGAUGACCCGCUCCUCGGCUCGACCUUUUAUCGCAUCGGUCGUUGGAUCUAUAACGCCGAGGCGCCUAAUAAUGUUCAGAAGUACACCCUCGACGCAACGAUCGAUAUCGCUGGUGUGAGGGUGGAUAAGGUCGUGUUGAGGAUGAAGUCGAAUUGGGGGUCUAAUGAUACGACUUGUCUUUAUCGGGUACGGUUGCAUGGGCAUUUAUAA